AUGUCCAGGUCUGCUCGUCGCACGCGGCGAUCAGAGGGUGCUGUCAACAAGCCCAGUCGACCAUCCAUCUCACCUCCACCGCCAACGGCUGGUGGGGCAGGGACGCAUCUUAUGUCUAUGGCUGAGCGAAUGGCACUCAAAGGAAAGAAGUUCAAGAUUGGCAAACGAAAGUCAAAAGGCGUCUCUGACAGUGCAACUCCCACACAGUCAGAAGCCACGACUCCCACACCAGGCGCUGAGGCUCCCAAAGAGGUGGCUGACGAACCAGUUGCGGAUGAUCAAGAAAUGGCCUCUCGCGAUCCGAGCCCCGAGAGCUCGUACACUGGCGGACAGUCGGCUCAAGUAUCUUCGGACAAUGAUAGUUCGCGAAAUCCUUCACCGCCCCCUCCCGCCCGACGACCCGCGCAACCAACCAUGGUUCGGAUUGGUGACACGGACUCGGAGGCAGGGCAGAGUGACUCCAUGACAGGAUCAGACUCGGAUAGUGACGGCGACAUUCCUGCAAGACAAAGCUCUGGCCGAGGGGGUGGCCGCGGUCGUGGGCGUGGCAGGGGGAGGCCGAGGGGCAGCGGAAGAGGGCGUUAA